AUGCCUUCUGCUAAAGGAAAACCAACUGACCCAAAACUCAAGGAAGAUAUUACUGAAAGUCAGCAAAUUCAUUUCCAUUUUCCUCUUCGUACCCCUUUGAAAUCUCCCCCAACUCUAGUUGUCAUCGAUCCGUUCUUAAUAUCAGGUUUAGAAGUCAAGCAACAACCGAAUAAAGAUGGUAGCGGUAAAGGAAAGAUGGCUGCAUGGAAGGCCAAUAAAAUCGGAAAAGAAUACGAAGCUGAAGGAGGCGAUUACGAGAACGAAGCUGGCUCCAAAGAUAAACCGAAGAAAGGAUUACCCGAGAAGAAAACCGAAGCUGAGAAGUCUUCUGAGUUGAAAGAUGCCGAGAAGGAAAAUGAUGAUGAUGUCGAAGAAACCGACGGUGAUAAAGCGCAGGAUAAGGUAGUGGAGAAGAAGGGGGAUGAUGAAAAGAAAGGCAGAGGUAGACCUAAAGGAAGUCCUACCGCGAAAAAGGCUGCGAAACCAAAGAAGGAACCAAGGCAAGGAACAAGAAUUAGCGCUCGACAACAGGAAAGGUCAGAAGAGGCUGUUACAGAUAAGAGAAAGAUCGUUGCCGAUGAACCUGCUGAUGAGGAUGAUGAAGAGGUCGAGAAAGAAGAAAAGCCUGCUGCGAAGAAAUCUAAAAACGCAGCACCAAAGGAAGAGAAGGAAAAGGUAGAGCCUAAGAAGGCUGGUAGGAAGGCAAAAAAGUGA